CUUGCUAUAAGUCUCCCACUUCACUCCAUUUGCUCUUCAAAGAACACACUCUCUUCUGCAUUUUGCUUGCAAGUGCCUCUCCACACUCUUGCAACUUUCUUUUGCUUAACCAUGGCUGCUACCAUCUCUACUGUUGGAGCUGUCAACAGAACACCGCUGGCCUUGAAUGGCUCUGGUGCUGGGUCCUCAGUCCCAACUUCAGCUUUCUUUGGCAGCAGCUUGAAGAAAUUGAACUCGCCAAGGUUCUCCAAGUUUUCAUCAGGGAGCUUCAAGGUUGUUUCGGAGUACGAUGAGGAAAAGCAGACCUCCGCGGACAGAUGGGGAGGUCUUGCCUAUGACAUGUCUGAUGACCAACAAGAUAUCACAAGAGGAAAGGGUAUGGUUGACUCUCUCUUCCAAGCUCCCCAAGACGCUGGAACUCACUACGCUGUCAUGAGUUCUUACGAGUACCUCAGUACUGGUCUUCGUCAGUACAACUUGGACAACAACAUGGAUGGUUUCUACAUUGCCCCUGCUUUCAUGGACAAACUUGUUGUUCACAUUACCAAGAACUUCAUGACCCUCCCUAACAUCAAGAUUCCUCUUAUCUUGGGUAUCUGGGGAGGCAAAGGUCAAGGAAAAUCCUUCCAAUGUGAGCUUGUCUUUGCCAAGAUGGGAAUUAACCCAAUCAUGAUGAGUGCCGGAGAAUUGGAAAGUGGAAACGCUGGUGAACCCGCCAAGCUCAUCAGGCAAAGGUAUCGUGAGGCAGCUGAUAUGAUCAAGAAGGGAAAAAUGUGCUGCCUCUUCAUCAACGAUCUCGAUGCUGGAGCUGGUAGAAUGGGAGGAACUACCCAAUACACUGUCAAUAACCAGAUGGUUAACGCUACUCUUAUGAACAUUGCUGACAACCCAACCAAUGUCCAACUUCCUGGUAUGUACAACAAGGAAGAGAACCCCCGUGUUCCCAUCAUCGUCACUGGUAACGACUUCUCCACAUUGUAUGCUCCUCUUAUCCGUGAUGGUCGUAUGGAGAAAUUCUACUGGGCUCCUACCAGGGAAGACAGAAUUGGUGUCUGCACUGGUAUCUUCAAGACUGACGGUGUUGCUCCCGAAGACGUUGUCAAGCUUGUUGACACUUUCCCUGGCCAAUCUAUUGAUUUCUUCGGUGCCCUGAGGGCAAGAGUUUAUGAUGAUGAAGUGAGGAAGUGGAUUGGAGGUGUUGGAGUUGAGAAAAUCGGCAAGAGCCUUGUGAACUCAAAGGAAGGACCACCGACAUUCGAGCAACCAAAGAUGACAAUUGAGAAGCUCCUUGAGUACGGAAACAUGCUUGUCCAAGAACAAGAGAAUGUGAAGAGAGUCCAAUUGGCUGACAAGUAUAUGAGCGAGGCUGCUCUUGGUGAAGCAAACCAAGACUCCAUUGAACGAGGAACUUUCUACGGUUAGCUCCCUUCAUCCUAUUAAGGGCCUUGAUGGGGAGGUAAAGCAGCUCAGCAAGUAAAUAUACCUGUUCCUGAAGGUUGUACUGAUCCAACUGCUCAGAACUUUGACCCAACUGCUAGGAGUGAUGAUGGAAGCUGCACCUACAAAUUCUAAGGCCUUUUUCUAGGAUAUAUGUUUGUCUGUGGAAGGAUAAGCACUUUCCAAUUUGAUGUGGGAUAAUCAACUAUAUUUGUUUCUUUUCCUUUGUCCUAAAAAUGGAUUGUGAUCCUCUAAUUUUGUGCAAUAUUUACACUUUCCAUUCCUAAGGAUUGUUCCUUUUCCAACCA